UUAGUAGAAGCGUUGAAGAGAGAGAGAGGGGAGGAUAGAGAGAGAGAGAGAGAGAGAGAGAGAAAGGUGCUCCAUUUCCUCUUCCUCUUCCUCUUCCUCUUCGAUCUCUCGAUUUGUCUACUUUAAUCGCUAUUUUUUUUGUUGUAAUGUAAUUUUUGUUGUUGUUGUUGUUGUUGUUGUGGUUGUGAUGUAGUUGAUCUUUUCUUUUUUCCCGAUUUUUUCCGGAUUUUUCCGAUGUGAUUUGGGGGUUUCGCCCCCCAAAAUGUGUUCUUCUACUCGUUAGAUCUCGUUUUCGAUGGAUUUGAGUGCGAUUUCGAGUAGAUCUGGAGCGGGUGAGGUGGAUCUGCGGUAGUGUUUUGGGGGGCGGGGGGAUCUGGGCUAGAUCGGAGCCCCUAAUCCUAACCCUAACCCUAACCCUAACCCUAGCCCUAGAUUUUUGGAUCUGAGCAUGAUGACCUACUUCCCGGAGGAGGUGGUGGAGCACAUCUUCGGGUUCCUCACGGCGCACUGCGACCGCAACGCGGCGUCGCUGGUGUGCAGGGCGUGGUACCACGUGGAGCGGAUGAGCCGCCGCCGCGUCUUCGUCGGGAACUGCUACGCCGUGCGCCCCGAGCGCGUCGCCGCGCGGUUCCCCGCCGUGCGGUCGCUCACCGUCAAGGGGAAGCCCCACUUCGCCGAUUUCAACCUCGUCCCCCCCGACUGGGGCGGCCUCGCUGCGCCCUGGAUCGAGGCCNCCGCGGCGGCUGCGGCGGCGGCCCCCCUCGAGGAGCUCCGGAUGAAGCGGAUGGUGGUCUCCGACGAGUGCCUCGAGACCCUCGCCCGGUCGUUCCCGAAUUUUAGAGCCCUCGUGCUCAUCAGCUGCGAGGGGUUCAGCACCCACGGCCUCGCCGCCGUCGCCACCCAUUGCAGGCAUCUGAGGGAGAUAGACUUACAGGAAAAUGAGAUAGAGGACCGUGGGCCGCAGUGGCUGAGCUGCUUUCCCGAGUCAUGCACUUCUCUCGUGUCCCUAAACUUUGCCUGCCUAAAAGGGGAGAUUAAUGUUGCCGCACUAGAGAGGCUUGUUUCCCGUUGUCCUAACCUUCGCAGCUUGCGGCUUAAUCGGGCAGUCUCCGUGGAAGCACUUUCGCGAAUCCUUAUGAAAGCUCCUCAGUUGGUGGAUUUGGGGACUGGUUCAUUCUGGGUUGAUCAUCGGUCGGAAGCUUUUCAUAGGUUGAUUAGUGCUAUCGAAAGAUGCAAAUCUCUGAGGAGUUUAUCUGGUUUCUGGGAUGCUUCUCCUCUGUGCCUCCCUGCAAUUUAUCCUAUCUGCUCAAAUUUGACCGGUCUUAAUCUCAGCUAUGCUCCAGCGAUUCAGGGUUCCGAUCUUAUCAAACUUAUUCGCCAUUGUUGGAAGCUUCAACGCCUUUGGGUACUAGAUUGCAUUGGCGAUAAGGGAUUAGCGAUUGUAGCCUCCACCUGCAAGGAAUUACAAGAAUUGAGGGUAUUCCCAUCAGAUAUAUAUGGUGCGGGAAGUGCUACUGUGACCGAAGAAGGGCUUGUAGCUGUGUCUUUCGGCUGCCCUAAGCUCCAUUCCUUGCUUUACUUUUGCCACCAGAUGACUAAUGCCGCGCUCAUAACCGUCGCAAAUAACUGCCCUAAUUUCACCCGCUUCAGGUUAUGCAUUCUCGAACCGAAAAAAGCCGAUCCUCUAACAAAUCAGCCAUUAGAUGAAGGUUUCGGGGCGAUCGUACGGUCAUCCAAGGGUCUGAGGCGGCUUUCUCUAUCUGGGCUUUUAACCGAUCAAGUUUUCAUGUAUAUCGGGAUGUAUGCGAAAAAGCUCGAGAUGCUUUCUAUAGCAUUUGCUGGGGACAGUGAUAAAGGAAUGCUAUACGUUCUUAACGGGUGCAAGAACCUAAGGAAACUUGAAAUAAGGGACUGCCCGUUUGGAGAUGGUGCAUUGUUAGAAAAUGUUGCAAAGUAUGAAACAAUGCGAUCCCUUUGGAUGUCGUCCUGCGACGUAACUCUAGGGGGUUGCAGGGCGCUCGCAGCAAAAAUGCCGAUGCUCAAUGUGGAGGUGAUAAAUGAAAGGGACGAAAGCGAAGAGUCGGAGGAAAGCCCCAGCGAUUUCCACAAGGUGGAGAAGAUGUAUGUUUAUCGGACUAUCGCCGGACCGAGGGACGACGCCCCCGAUUUUGUGUGGAUACUAUAGAGCUCUUCUCCCGCGAUAGGUGCGGCUAUGCUUGAAAUCUACAAGGUAAAAAAAUUUAAUUUGAGCUUUGCAAUGCUUUAUUUAUUCAUCGAUGGUAGCGGCACUAUCUUAAUUAGGUUUGUUUGUAGAUUGGAAUUAGGGAGAAUCGAAUCAUAGACCCAAAUUUGUAGCCUUUUCUCUUGAUGUAAUUCUUCCAGAGAUUUGUGUUUGCAGUGCUAGUUUGAGUAAUAUUGUUAAUAUAGCUUUUUAAUGGCUUAUAUUGCUUUAAA